CUCUCACUGCAACCAUUGAUGCCAUGUCGAGUUAUUCUAGUGACCGAGACCGCGGCCGGGAUCGAGGAUUUGGUGCACCGAGAUUUGGAGGGAGUAGAACAGGACCCCUCUCUGGAAAGAAGUUUGGAAAUCCUGGGGAGAAACUAGUUAAAAAGAAGUGAAAUCUUGAUGAGCUGCCCAAAUUUGAGAAGAAUUUUUAUCAAGAACACCCUGAUUUGGUAAGGCGUACCGCGCAAGAAGUAGAUAUGUACAGAAGAAGCAAGAAAAUUACAGUUUGGGGUCACAACUGUCCAAAACCUGUUCUGAAUUUUUAUGAAGCAAACUUCCCUGCAAAUGUCAUGGAUGUGAUUGCAAGACAGAACUUCACUGAACCCACUGCUAUUCAAGCUCAGGGCUGGCCAGUUGCUCUAAGUGGAUUAGAUAUGGUUGGAGUAGCUCAGACUGGAUCUGGGAAAACAUUAUCUUAUUUGCUGCCUGCUGUUGUCCACAUAAAUCAUCAGCCAUUCCUAGAGAGGGGUAAUGGGCCUAUUUGCUUGGUGAUGGCACCAACUCGAGAACUGGCCCAGCAAGUGCAGCAGGUCGCUGCUGAAUACUGUAGAGCUUGUCGUUUGAAGUCUACUUGCAUCUGUGGUGGUGCUCCCAAGGGACCACAGAUUCGUGAUUUGGAAAGAGGUGUGGAAAUCUGUAUUGCAACACCUGGAAGACUGAUUGACUUUUUAGAGUGUGGGAAAACCAACCUGAGAAGAACAACUUACCUUGUCCUUGAUGAAGCUGAUAGGAUACUUGAUAUGGGUUUUGAACCCCAAAUACGGAAAAUUGUGGAUCAAAUAAGACCUGAUAGACAAACCCUAAUGUGGAGUGCAACUUGGCCAAAAGAAGUAAGAGAGCUUGCUGAAGAUUUCCUGAAAGACCAUUAUAUCAAUAUUGGUGCACUAGAACUGAGUGCAAACCAUAACAUUCUUCAGAUUGUGGAUGUGUGUCAUGAUGUAGAAAAGGAUGAAAAACUUAUUCGUCUAAUGGAAGAGAUCAUGAGUGAGAAGGAGAAUAAAACCAUUGUCUUUGUUGAAACCAAAUGAAGAUGUGAUGAACUUACCAGAAAAAUGAGGAGAGAUGAGUGGCCUGCCAUGGGCAUCCACGGUGACAAGAGUCAACAGGAACGUGACUGGGUUCUAAACGAAUUCAAACAUGGAAAAGCUCCUAUUCUGAUUGCUACCGAUGUGGCCUCCAGAGGGCUAGAUGUGGAAGAUGUGAAAUUUGUCAUCAAUUAUGACUACCCUAACUCCUCAGAGGAUUAUAUUCAUCGAAUUGGAAGAACUGCUCGCAGUACCAAAACAGGCACAGCACACACUUUCUUCACACCUAAUAACAUAAAGCAAGUGAGCGACCUUAUCUCUGUGCUUCGGGAAGCUAAUCAAGCAAUUAACCCCAAGUUGCUUCAGUUGGUCGAAGACAGAGGUUCAGGUCGUUCCAGGCGUAGAGGAGGCAUGAAGGAUGAUCGCCAUGACAGAUACUCUGUGGGCAAAAGGGGUGGAUUUAAUACCUUUAGAGACAGGGAAAAUUAUGACAGAGGUUACUCUAGUCUGCUUAAGAGAGAUUUUGGGGCUAAAACUCAGAAUGGUGUUUACAGUGCUGCAAAUUACACCAAUGGGAGCUUUGGAAGUAAUUUUGUGUCUGCUGGUAUACAGACCAGUUUUAGGACUGGUAAUCCAACAGAGACUUACCAGAACGGUUAAGAUAGCACUCAGCAAUAUGGAAGUAAUGUUGCAAAUAUGCACAAUGGUAUGAACCAACAGGCAUAUGCAUAUCCUGCUACUGCAGCUGCUGCGCCUGUGAUUGGCUAUCCAA